UAGAUGCAAUGGUGUACAUAUGCGAGAGAGACCAAGAGCACAGGCUGGUAGUGAUGGGAAAUGUUGGUAUUGCCCAACUUGCAAAACUACAAGGUCCAUCAGGCAUGGAAGCUUUUUUAGCCAAUCCAAGAUAGCAUUACAAAAAUGGAUGAUUCUGAUGCUAUGGUGGUCAAGGGAGUACCCUGUCACGGAUGCAUCAAGAGAAGCUGAAGUGAAUCCUGACACUGCGGUAGAUGUCUAUGGAUGGUUAAGAGAUGUUUGUUCCACCAAAUUGAUCUCAGUACCUAUUGUUUUAGGAGGACCAGGCAAAGUGGUCCAAAUAGAUGAGUCCUUGUUUCGUCACAAACCUAAACAUCAUAGAGGACGAGCAACUAGACAGGAGUUGUGGGUCUUUGGGAUGGUGGACACAUCAUUCCAACCGUCACUAGGUUUCAUGCAACUGGUACCAAAUAGACAGGCAGCAACUCUAUAUCCCAUAAUUCAAGCACAUGUAGCUAAUGGUACCACAGUUUACUCCGACGAAUGGAGUGCUUAUCGGCAGGUUGCUUCUUUACCACAAGUUGCUGCCCAUCAAAUGGUUAAUCACUCAGUCAAUUUUGUAGAUCCAGCUACUGGUGUGCAUACCCAAAACAUCGAGUCUUACUGGAGUAGAGCAAAACGGAAGCUGAAAAGAAUGAAAGGAUGUCAUGCAGAGCAGUUGCCAUCAUAUCUAGAUGAAUUUAUGUGGCGUGAAAGAUAUGGUCCUAGUGCUAGAGAUGUUUGGUUCAACAUAAUGCAUCACAUAAGUGAACAGUACCCAGUGUGAGGACUUUGAUCAUUAAUUUAAUAUUAAUUGAGGACUCUGAUCAUUUAUUUAAGAAGUGUUCUAAAUUGUUUCUAGUUUCAGAACUCUA